UCCGCUUUCUGCAAUUCAGUUCAGCUACAUGACAAUGAUUAUUGAAAUAGGUUAGGAGUUCACUGGGAUUCGGUAGGGCUGUUGUAACAGGGAAAGACUGUUUGCAGUAAAGUCAGUGGCAGAGACAACGAUAGGCUGAAGUUUAAAAAAAAUGCUUUGUGGUCUGAUGAAAAUGUAUCCUCUACAUCUAAGUUCUCUAGACUUUGAUCAGGUCAGGAAUGUAACCUUAUGAAUGAGUGGAUGCUUUAACAGACUAUAGUUAUGAUUCAACUUUUUCUAGUUAUACAUACAUGCUGUAUGUAGGACAACACGUGUGAAUGUUUAAACAGCUAGAAUGAGUACCCUGACACGCUUUGACAGAGAAACAGAGAAAAGUGCAGAAAAUGAUGUACUGUGACAAAUCUAUAUAUUAAAAAGCACGACAAGCUAGAGUUCAAAUGCAGCAAAACUGCUAAGAGAAACAAAGGACACUUAACACACUUCUUAUAAAAAUCAGCAGCUCUCUCACAACUUUGAGGAAGACUGGUGGCUGAAUUUAGUCAUACUGGCCAAAUAUCUCAUUCCAAGUAAACUGAGAUAAUUAAAUCAUUAAUCAUUCGGUGACAACCGCUUUAAAUAAAGUAACAACAAACCAGAAAGAAAAAGGAGUAUAAUAAUAAUAAUAACAAGAACAAUACUAAUACUACUACUACUACUACUAAUAAUAAUACAGGAUUUAACUAAAUAGGUUUAAUUUUGACAAUGACAGCUUCCAUUCAUCUGUACAGUAUAGUGACUGACUAUGGCUGAGCACAGGUGCUAAAUUCAUUCAGUCCAGUGUGGAGAACAUUAGCAUGGAAGGGGAGGAUUAUUUACUUAGUCAUCUAUUUUCCUGUUUUCUUCAUUUCAUUGGAGGAAGAAAUACAGGGGCGGCGCAUGGAGCUGCGUUAAAGACGGGGUCCCUCUCCUCGGCUUCCUGCACACCUUUCUCCAUCAACUAAAUCUGCUAAAGCAGCAGGUUUGAUUACAACUAGAAAGUUUUUCUGCAACAUCCUCAAGAAGGCAGCUCUGGAAGAAGCGUUUGGGAGGACUGGGGAAAAACAAGUGUACUGAAGAGGAUCAAAUAAUUUACUCUAAGUACUACAGUAAAGGCAAUGGCUGAGCUGCCUACUGAGCGGGUUUUACCUGAACCACCACCUGCCAACAACGGGCAGGUGCGUCAGGGGGCUUCUUCUCCAAGAAGGUGUGACGAUGCCAGAGAUGCCCAUACCUUUGCCCAGGACAACCGAUUACUUCCCAUAGGCUGGUACUUCACUGGAGCUGCACGGUACCGGAUGAUAACUACCCUGGGAGAAGGAGCCUAUGGCACGGUUGGAAAAUUCAUUAGGCUCAAUGACAUGAAGACCGUAGCCAUCAAAAUAAUUAAGACUGAUUACUUCAGAAAUGGAUUGGCAAACGUGGAGGUGGCUGCCCUGCGAAAGUUAAAGUUCUACAAAUCUGAAAGGUAUAACUUGGUUCAGUUUUACAACGUUCUUACCGAUGGGCAAAAAUUAUGUCUCGAAUUUGAGCUUUUGGACAAAAACCUUUAUGAAUUCAUGAAGGAAAGACAUUUCCGACCGCUCGCUCUAAGAUCAGUUAGAGCCAUCACCGCGCAGAUUGCGAAAGCGCUGGAUCAUUUGAAGUCUGUACGUUUGAUACAUGCAGACCUCAAGCUGGAAAAUGUGAUGCUUGUCAACCAUCAGAAACAACCAUAUAGGGUCAAAGUGAUUGACUUUAGCUUGGCAUGUGACACCUCUGCUGCCUCGAUGGGCUCUUACAUUCAGUCCCGUUCAUACCGGUCCCCAGAGAUUAUUCUCGGGGCUCCAUUUACAGAGGCCAUAGAUGUAUGGUCUCUGGGCUGCAUUGCUGCUAAUCUGUACCUUGGCUCCAUGCUUUUCCCUGGUGAGAACGAAUAUGAGGUGAUGAGGUACAUAGUGGAGACUCAGGGCCAGCCCCCAAGCAAGAUCCUCGACUGUGGGCUCAAGACUGUCUUUUUUUUCGACAUGCAGUUGUAUUUCACCACCAGCACGUGGAAACUCAAGACACCUGAACAGUUUGUCAGUGAGACAGGGAUUAAGUUCACUGAGAAAAGGAUGAUGAAGUUGACCUCUCUUGAUGACCUUAAAAACCUCUGGUUCACACGUCAUCAAAAUUAUACCACUAAAUCCGCAGAAAUCUGCGAUCUGCUGGUGUUUAUCGAGCUGCUUAAAGGAAUGCUUCAGCUUGAUCCUGAAAAACGGAUGACGCCCAGUCAGGUGCUGCAGCACGACUUCACAACACUGCGCCACAUAUUGCGGUUGUACCCCUACAGCUUCCAUGUUAACUCUUGCUUUCAGAAGAUUAGCAUCUGUCAGACCAUAACAGCUGGUCCUACAGGUGUGUGCAGGUCUCUGCAGCAACCAUCCUCCAGGACCAGCCACCCUACUGAGCAAAGUCUUCCUUGCCCUCCAACUGAAGCUGGCAUAACAACAGCGCGCCCCUGCCCUUCUUUCAGGACCAGCCACCCUACCCAGCAAAACCAACCUUGCCCUCGAGCUAAGCACAGCAUCCAAGUGAGGCACCAUUCUCACUCUAAGACCACCUGUCCUCCUCUGCAAAAUCAUCCUCGCCCUCCAUCUGUGCGCUACUGCCCUUAUUCCAGAACCACCCACCUUGCUCAGCAAAAUCAUCCUUGCCUUCGAGUCUUACACCACUGCUGUUUCUUCAGGACCAUCUGUCCUCACCAGCACAAUCAUCCUCGCCCUCCAGCUGUGCGCUACUGGCUCUACUUUAGGACCACACACCCUCCCCAACAAUAUACACUUUGCCCCCUAGCUCAGCAUGGGACCCAAGUGCGGUAUCACUGCCUUUACUGCAGGAGUACCCAUCCUUGCAGCAAUAUCCUUCUGGCCUUGCUGCUAAACUCCACUGCCUUUACUUUGGCACCACCCAUUCUGCUUAGCAAUGCCGUCCUCACCCUCCAGCCAAACACUGCACCUCAACAGAGAACCCCUGCACAAAGUCUAGGACCACAGUGAAGUCCUACCUUAGCAAGACUCACCAAAUCAAACCAGUCUUAAAAAAAAAUUUAAUGGCUGAUUAGACAAUGUGGUUAAGAGUCUCUGACCAAUCUGAAAGAUCAUUGUGAUUUAAAAAGGGUUCCAUUGCUCUGCUGAGCCAUCUUGCGCAAGCAUUGGAUGUAGGACAAUUACAGCUCACCACAAAGUAAGAAUCAGAAUACUUUAUUAAUCCCUAAGCAAAUUAUGUAGAGAAAGAUGAACAAUGGGGAAGACUAUAUUGAGAGGUUGCAUAGGAGUGCCAGAUGGAACUCUUGAGAUUGCAGCAUCCACACUUUUAAUCACAUCUUCCUUAUUGAGACUGAUCAACAGGACGCUGACUGAGCACACAUGCUGGAAACAGACAUUUCUGCUCAGGAGUAAACCAAAAAAGAAAUAAAAAACAUGAACAAUAGACCUGGUAGGCUAUAUGUACCAAUCACUUAUAAGAAGAAGUGAUAAUUAAAACCAUUUAAAAUUUGUUUUUCCACUGAAUUACUUUAUUUUCACUGACAUGUUGUUGUAUGAAGUACUUAUCCUUUAUUGUAUUUCUAAUAAGUGGAACAAUAUUAAAACAAUAAACUUGUGAUUUCUCUAAUUUAAGAGCCAGCUUC